ACAACACAGUCCACAACAGCGUCGAGGAGUCCAGCGCCCGUGCGUAAAACAUACGUCGAGUCACAUUAUUGGCACCGUAACUUACGGUAAAGUUGCAUUUUUAGGUGCGGCGACACGUAAAUUACGCAGCGCGUACGACUCUGCGUAAUUUACGUAUUGCCGCGUAACCACGGAAACACACACACACACACACGUAGAGAACACAAAUCGCAUCGAGUGUCUGCAGGUGAGGAUGUCUGAUGUUCAUGCCAACACCAGAACACGAGCCGGCUCCUCCGAGCGCGCUGCGCAAUCUGGUGAAAGCGUGGAGAGCCUCAGCAGGGGCGCCACCGCGUCUCCGUGUUCCCCGGGUCCGCUGAGGCCCCCUCAGACACGAGAUGCUCAAGAGGAAUUCAUCAUGAUGGCACCUGAAGAAAAGCUCAAAUACUUAGACAGCCGCGCUCAGGCCCACGAGGACAACCAAGAGUGGGACGCCUGCAUUCAGGACCUGGUGCGUUGUGUGGCUCUGUGUCGGCUGCUCUCUGCCGAUGACCGCCUGAAACUGGCACAGGCCCACGCCAGACUGGCUACAGCAUAUUUCCAGUUGAAAGGUUGGGGCCUGCAGGCCAAGGAGCACUCGGCUCUGGCCAGGGAGCUGCUGCUGCCUCUCUGCUCCCCCACCUCCUCCUGCAGGGACGACGAGCUCCAGGUUCUUGUGUGUCUCCUGAGCGUGCACCUCACACACGGUGGCGCUUCACUGCAGACAGACAAUCUUGAAGAGGCGGAGUGCUCUUUUCUGGAGGCAGAACGAGUUCUUGGGGAGCUUCAUCAACUCGGUGGCAUCAACCAGGAAGAGAAGAUGAAGACUGAGCUGGAAAUCUCUACUUGUCUAUCCAGGGUCUACAGGAGACUGAGCAGACCAGAGGAGGCCUUAAGCAGGUGUGAAAAGUCUCUGCAAUGGCUGAAGGACUGCGGUAAGCCAGAGAAGACGUGUUGUGUCUAUAGGGACAUGGCUGCCAUUGAACAGGACGAAGGCCAUUUGGACCAGGCCAUAGAGCAUCUCACCAAGGCCCAUGCCAUUGCUAUGAGUCACUGCCCAGAGGAGCUGGAGGGGGCUCAGAUCUCCCACAGCCUGGCCCUCAUCCUUUCUUCUGCUGCAGAGCCCCAUCACAAUGACUCUGCAGGUUGCUACUUUGAAGAGAGUCUAAGUGCGUAUGCAAACUCUGCAGGUCCAGAAGAUCCGGCCUUUCUCGCGGCCCAGGACGAUUUCUGUCGUUUCCUCCUCCGCAGUGGCCAGCAAGAGAGAUGUGUGGAGAUCCAGAAAGCUUCCCUCGCCAAAAAGAGAACCACUUUUGGGGACUUGAGUGCCGAGGUAGCAGACACCCUUCUGCUUAUAGGAAGUGUGGAGAUGAGUGAGGGCAGACUGAAGCCGGCCCACAGGACCAUGAGUAAAUGCCUGGAGAUCCAGAGUUUGUUGUAUGGUCCUCAGCACAAGAAGACAAAAGCCACACAAAAAGCGGUGGACAUUCUGGCUCGGAUCCCGGAGGUGGUUGAGAGACAACGAAGGCAAAGUAGAAGGGAAACAAAGCGUCACACACUUACAGUUCAAUCCUGCAGUGGCAAUGAUGACAACUCAACGUCUGACUCUUGAAAUGUUCUUGUUUUAUUUUGCCAGUACAAUAAUCGUGCGAGUUCUGACCAGUAAUUCCUAUCAUUCAUUUUUUUAAUCGUUUGUCUUUUUGUCAGAUAAUGCACAGUUAAAAAUCAUCUUUAUUUCUACUUGUUAUGUACACUGGUACGUUUACCUGAUCUUUGUGUCAUUUUGUAAUUUGGGUAAAAAAACUCAGCUUUAAAGAAAUAAUCAUACUCAGAAAAGACACCAACACUGUGUUUUGAUUGUUGUUUUAAGAUAUUUGCCAAUUCCACAAGAAAAGCUGCAUUUAUUUUCACAAAAUCAUUAAAGCCACGUGUUCAAUAGAAACCAUUGUGUUAAUACAAUAAAUGGUGUUCUCCAUC